AUGCUUCAACGACACAGCAUUUUGAAGGCAAUUAAGAAGAAGCUCAUCCGGAAAGCCCUUGAUAUGAUCCGUAAACUUGCUGAGGAAGAUCCUGAUGAGUCCAAUGACAAAGACAAGGAAGAUCCAGUUGAUGUAUAUCUGAUGAAAUACUUGGUGGACUAUGAAGACAAGGAACUCAAGGAAUCAUACAAGGAACUCACUAAAUGGUGGAAGAGUGCUCUUGCCAGUUAUGAUGUGGAUGAUGUGAAGCUGUCCAUCCGAUUGGCUGACACACCUUGUGUGGCUGUGACAUCAAAUUUUGGUUGGAGUGCAAACAUGGAGAAGAUCAUGCAGUCUCAGAUUUUAUCAGAUGCUAGCAAGCAAGCAUACAUGCGUGGCAAGAGGAUACUUGAGAUUAACCCAAGGCAUCCAAUCAUCAAGGAGCUCCAGUAA